AUGGCAUCAUCAUCAACCACGUGUGGUGUAUGUGAACAAAGCAAUAUUACCAAACCAUCCACAAUCUGGUGUUUUGAAUGUGACGAAGGGCUUUGUUCAGAAUGCAAAGACCACCAUAGUCGGUCAAAGGGAACACGAAAACAUUGCACAUUACCAAUAAGUGAGUAUCAGAAAAUACCAUGUGAUGUUGUCAAAAUCACUCAAACCUGUAGCAAACAUAACGAAAAGUACACAAUCUAUUGCAAAAAGCAUGACAGUCUUUGUUGUGGAAGUUGCAUUGUCGAGAACCAUAUGGAAUGUCGAGACUUUGACAAAUUGACUGAUGUGAUUCAAAACACUAAACUUUCAAAUGCCUUUUACGAGAUAGAACAAUCAUUAGCAGAACUUUCCGACAAUAUUCAUAUAAUUCGAAAGGACAGAGAAAACAACCUCGAAAGGUUAUCAAAAGAGAAAACGCAGAUUGAGCAAGCAAUCACACAAACCAGGAGUACAAUCAACAACCAUUUAGACAAAAUACAGGACGACAUUAUAAAAAAGUUAAAUGAAACCGAAGUAAAUGAAAGUAAGAUAAUAAGCGAACUCCUGAUAUUAUUAAAGGAAAAUGACAGAGAGAUAACUGAAAUCCGAACAAAAAUUGAAAAUAUCAAGCAACAUGCUACAGAUUUUCAAACAUUUAUUGCUAUGAAGGAGCUCGAAAAACGAAUUUCUAUCAAAGACCAAUUCCUGCAGUCGAUGAUAAACAGCGGAAACUUUAAAGAUAGCGAUCUAACGUACAAUCCCAAUUCCGCUAUGCAAGAUUUAGCUAAUCGUAUCAAGAAUUUUGGAGAAGUAAAGAUUGAGAAAAAACCAUGCAAUGUUGUCCUCACGAGGAGGAAAGACAAACAAGCCCAAAUAAUGCUGACGCACAUAUUAUCCAGAUCAGUUGACAAUAUUAAUUUGAAACUGCUUCAAACUAUAAAUGAAACAGGAGACUACGUAAGGGGCUGUUGCAUGUUACCAGAUGGUAAAACGGCGUUUUCGCAUUACUCUUCAAAAACUGUAAGAGUAUUCAACUUGAAUGGCACCAAAGACUUUGAAGUAAGUACAAGAACAUAUGCAUAUGACGUGGCGUACAUCAGUCAUGACAACACACUUGCUGUAACAUCAGGAGAGUCUGAUACGAAAUGUAUCACAAUCAUAGACAUACAAAGCAAACAAAUCAAGAUAACAAUACCAGUUGAUUCUGAGUAUUAUGGCAUAGCAGUGACAGAUGGCAAAUUCAUUUAUUCUGCAAAAGGAAAAGGAAUUCGGUUGUUCAAUCCGCACAACAACUCAACAACUGAUAUAGUCCGCGAUAAUCAAACACCAAAGUAUUGUUACGUGGCAACAUUUGAUGACAAAAUUUACCAUACAAACAACAAAUCAAAAUCCGUAACAUGUUAUGAUCUACAAGGUACUGUAGAAUGGACAUUUAAGAACGAACGAGUCCUCAGCGGUCUGAAAGGUGUAUCUGUCGACAAUGAUGGUAAUGUUUACGUAGUAGGAGAAUUGUCGAAAAAUGUAGUAGUUAUAUCUUCUGAUGGACAUCAAUACAAAGAGAUAGCUAAAGCCAGUGAUGGACUUUUCAAUUCUUUUUCUCUUGAUUAUAACAGAAGUACAAAUCAGUUACUAGUUUCGAAUUUUUCCAAUAAGGCUUUUAUUUAUAAAUUGAUUUGA